UGUUUGAUCAGAACUAGUGAUGAGGGGCUGUAAUGAGCUCUUCUUCUGAUCAGAGAGAGUGAACACAGUCAGAUAACAUGAGAGCUGCUGGCGGAGCUCCUCGUCUGUAACUGUGUUCACAUGACUCCAUCACACAGGAAACCAGACACAACACACUUCCUCUUUCAGACGCUGCUACAGCGAAGCAGAAGAGUGUGUUCAUCAUCAGUAUCAUCAUCAUCCUCACAGACGCCGGUAUGAUCAGGUUUGUUCUGCUUCUGCUGUGUGUGUCUCUGGUCUGUUCUGAGGUCAGUCGUCUGAAUGAUCAGUGGAUGGCCUGGAAAUCUCAACACAACAAGACCUACAGGAACACAAGAGAGGAGCGUCACAGGAGAGGCGUUUGGGAGCAGAAUCUUCUGCAUAUCAUGAAACACAACGAGGAGACGGCUGUCGGUCUGCACUCGUACACACUGGGACUGAACCAGCUCAGCGACAUGACUGCAGACGAGGUUAAUCAGUUGAAUGGUUUACUGGAGGAAGAUUUUUCGGAUCUCAACGUAACAUCCCCGCCUCCAUCACACCAGCCCCCCCCACCACGAGUCAACUGGACGGAGCACGGCAUGGUCAGUCCUGUCCAGAACCAGGGCCCGUGUGGCUCGUGCUGGGCGUUCAGUGCCGUCGGUGCUCUGGAGGGUCAGAUGAAGAGGAAAACCGGUUCUCUGGUACCGUUGAGUCCACAGAACCUGCUGGACUGCAGUGUGAGUCUGGGGAACCGCGGCUGCAGAGGAGGAUAUCUGAGCAGAGCUUUUCUCUACAUCAUCCAGAACAAAGGCAUUGACUCCAACACCUUCUACCCGUAUGAACACAAGCAAGGUUUGUGUCGAUACUCUGUGACGGGAAGAGCUGGAUAUUGCACGGGUUUCCGUAUUCUUCCGCGUCACAAUGAGGUGGCACUGCAGUACGCCAUUGCUAAUAUCGGACCUGUGUCUGUCGGUAUCAACGCCAAACUUGCUUCCUUCCACAAAUACAGAGGCGGAAUCUACAGCGAUCCGAAGUGCAGCUCUGGACUGAUCAAUCAUGCGGUUCUAGUUGUGGGAUAUGGCUCAGAAAAUGGACAAGACUUCUGGCUGGUGAAAAACAGCUGGGGAACAGCAUGGGGUGAAAAUGGCUUUAUCCGAAUGGCACGAAAUAAAAACAUGUGUGGAAUAUCCAGCUUCGCCAUUUACCCCACCAUCUAAUCCGACCGCCUCUGAUCCUUCAGUCCGAGACUCUGGAGCAGGAAAACCUCACUGAAUAUGCAUUGACUUUCUUUAGUUUCCAUCACAGCACAAACCCAGAACAAAAGCAAAGAACACACCUUUAUAAUUACCGUUUUCAAUUGAUAUCAUUAGAAAUAAAGGUGAUACUACUUUAAUAUUUAUACUUUAGGGGGAGGAGCAAUCUCAUUCAUGAGAGCAUUUGAUUGGACAAAAAUAUCAAUACUGUCAUCAAUAAUUAUUCCAAACAAGAAUAUAAUUAAACAUCGAAAUUACAGAUCCAUUGUAUUUAAUAAAUUGGAAUUCAAAAUAUAAAAUAAAAUAAAUUAAAAUAUUUAAAUGUAAAAUUAAAAUAAAUACUUUUGAAAUAAAAAAAUAGUACAAUUAUUAAAUAAUAAAAAUGUGUUAGGUCUUUAAUUGAAAUAUUGAAAUUAGAGAUUGAGUGUAUUGUGUGGCUAAUGAAGAAAAAUAAGUUUGACGUUUUAUUAAAAUUUGCAGCGUGGCUU